CAUUCAUCUGACCGUAAAUCUCACCAGCAAACAUGGGUUCCAUUAUAUCAACGCUUAAAUCAACGGCAUCAGCCAUAUCAGCUGGUCUGAGGACUGUUCUGACGCUUCAAAGGCAAUUCUCAUCUCUUCUUGAACGCGCGUCCUCAGAGCCAGGAUUUCCCGUGCCAGAGCCCACAAAGUCAUACUGGCUCGACGACCCGCCAUUCCCAGCACUAUGCGACAUCCAAGAUGACAAGCUUCCCUCCGAAGUAGACAUUGUCGUCAUCGGCAGCGGCAUCACGGGCGCAGCUGUAACGAAAUCUCUGCUAGAGCUGUCCAACUCUGGUCUAAGAGUUGUAGUCUGUGAAGCAAGACAGCUAUGCAGCGGUGCAACGGGUAGAAAUGGCGGGCAUAUUAAGAGUGCGCCAUAUGAUGAAUUCGCCAUGUUCAAGUCAAAAUUGGGACCGGAGAAUGCGAGGAGGAUCGUGAGGUUUAAGAGAAGACAUUUGGAGAUGAUGAAGCAGCUGGGGAAGGGGAUUGAAGUAGCUGAGGUUAGAGAGGUUGAGACUGUAGAUGUUUAUGUUGAGAGGGAGGAUUUUGGAAAGGCGAAGAAGCAGGUUGAGGAUAUUAGGCAGUGGAUGCCUGAGGAGAAGCAUCGGGUUUGGGAGGCGGAGGAGGCGAGAAAGGAGUUUGGUUUGAAUGAGCUUGUUGUGGGAGCUGUGACUUACACGGCUGGUGCACUGUGGCCAUAUCGUCUUGUCACGAGUGUGUGGAACGAUUUACUCGGGAAAUUCCCCGGGCUGAGUAUCAACACUCAUACACCCGUUGAAAAGGUAUCACAUAACCCAGAUGGAUCAUAUACAGUUACAACACCGCGUGGAGUUAUCAAGGCGAAGCACGUUGUCCACACAACGAAUGCUCAUGCCGGACAACUCUUACCUCCAGUAAGGGGCUGUGUCGUCGGUGCCAUCGCACACAUGAGCGCUCAACGACCAGGAUCUUCAUUCCCCCCAACCCAAGGAAACCGCUCAUGGUCUGUGAUCUACGGCCCAGGCUUCGACUACAUAACCCAACGCCCAGAUCGACCAGAUGGAACAGCCGGUGAUCUAAUGAUAGGAGGAGGUUUCUUCCGCAGCAAGGACGACGGUCUCGAUCAAGUUGGAAUCUGGGACGAUAGCAAGAACCACGCCCUUCCGCUAAUGCACAUCCGCGGCGUGAUGCCUUCGGUUUAUGAACCAAACUGGGGCACCGGAAGCAGUCUUAUCAAAGCCUGGACUGGAAUCUUAGGGUUCACGGGUGAUUUGAUGCCCCUUGUUGGACGAGCCCCUGGAUCAAAAGGGUCAGGGGAGUGGAUGGCCGCUGGGUUCUGUGGCGAGGGGAUGGUGUAUGCUUGGCUCUGUGGGACGGCGUUGGCGGUGAUGAUUCUUGGUAGGGAGGGGGAGAAGCUGGGAGAGAGUGUUGGAAGGCCAGGGGGACGGUUGGACGAGUGGUUUCCAGGGGAUUUGCUGGGGGUUGAUAAGGAGAGGUUGAGGAGGGCUUAUAUUGCUAAUGCGGCCGAGUUUUUGAGUAGAUGAUGAAGCAAUGAUAAAUGGAUGAUUUACUGGUUCAGCUGAGAUUCUGGUCUGUGGCGUGGUGUUAAGUGAAGAGUUGACGGCUGUCUGCCAGUGC